UCUCAGCCUUCCCGCCCGCUUCUCGAGCCCUGCGCGACACUCAUCUCCCGAGUAAUUGCGACUUGACCAAGUAGCCCCCCGUCGGGCCUUGUGUCCGCAACCCCGCCAGACACCGCUCGAGCGGCUCCGUUGAACGCUCUGCGUUCCCGGUCGAGGCCGUCGCAAGCCUCGACGUCUCCAGGGUUGGCACUCACUCCGGCGAACGCGCAACCACACCCACAAAACUUAGCAGCUGCGCAUUUCCACAGUCCACGCCAUGUCUACCUUCCAAGCGGUCAACACCACGCUUAUGGUGCCAGAACCGCCGCCAGGGCGCGCGGGAGAAGAGACCACGCCAACAACCCCUCGACCGAACAGCAAGUUCUUUACCGAAUCGAAGGCCUCCGCACCAGAAGACGUGCGCGCCGAGGACCCGUCUGCAAAGACACCAACGCGCAACAGCUUCGGAGGGCUGGCUGGCCAGCGCCCGCUACCGACUUCGCCAUUCACCCCUUCGCGCGAGCUUAGCACAACACCCAGUAGAAACGGACUGUUGAGCAGGGAGAACUCGCAUAGGUCUACACAAUCAGUGGGCUCACAGGACGUGGAGAUGGGUGGUGAUGAAGAAGGCCACGACGUUUCAGACGAUGAGAGUGUGAACAGUGAGGCGAAACAGGCUUCGAAAAAGAAAAAGGGACAGCGGUUCUUCUGUACUGAUUUUCCGCCUUGUCACCUCAGCUUCACGAGGAGCGAGCAUUUGGCCAGGCACAUUCGCAAGCACACAGGCGAACGACCCUUCCAGUGCCAUUGCUCCCGACGUUUCUCGCGGCUCGAUAAUCUCCGACAGCACGCGCAGACGGUUCAUGUCAAUGAAGAUAUUCCCGGAGAUUCUUUGGCCGCCACCGGCACUAGGUUUCAAAGACAAAUCCGAACCGACCGCGUGCGACCUCCUGGGAACCGCUCCAGGUCCAACACAUUAGGCAGCACAGGAGGACACAGUAGGGGCCACAGUAGGAAUUUGUCGGCGUCUAGCAUUACAUCCACUGCCUCAAGCAUAAGCGUAAGCCAACCUCCGGAUGUGCGGCGUCGGCCCCCGCCACUUGCCAUGGCGAAUGAUGGAACGGCAAGAGCUCGCCUAUCACUCAACACGCUAGACACCUACAAUCCUCCGCUCAUGGGUAGCCCCGGACCACAGAUCGUCGAGUAUGGAACGCAAUCCAACGGACCCACCACACCCACCUCAGCCACCUUCUCCACCGCCGCUGGGAGCCCAAGUCAGUUUGGCUCUACCAUGCAGUCUCCGGUAUCCUCAGCGUCAAGGCCAGUCUCAUGGGGUGGCGCAGCACCUACUGGACGACGAUUGUCAGUGCCUUCUAAUGGCAAUCCAUUCUCGGGUCCGCCCGGACAGUUCCCUCCGCCUUUCAUCACUCCUUUGCCGUCAGCCACCUCGUCUACCUUUUCCGGACAAAGUAGCUUGUAUGCUAGCCCUACGGCAUCAAACUUCCCGGACUCUAGGAGAGAGUCGAAUGCAGAAGCAGACUGGAGAAGACGCACCUGGCACCCUGGAACUUAUAGUGGACCUCGUCCUGCUACCAGCGGGUUGGGAUACUACCAAACACCAGAUGCACCGCGUCCAUCAUUUACCUCCCAGCCUGCGGCAUCCCAGACUACAAGACUCCCUGGCAUCGAGAGUUUCGACCAUGCGCCGCCCUUGCCAUCGCUACCCCGCCGUCAACCGAGCCCCAUGCAGAUCGAUACGCCGACUCGUCCGAUUACUUACCAUGCGCUGACUGACCUUCCCCCGACUAUCAGGCACGAGAAGCGUCCAAGUAUAUCUUGGGAUACGACGCUACAAAGAGGAAUAAACAAUCUUGAGAUCGCGAGCCCAAACCCACCGCGCGAGCCAUGGUCACAAUACCAAGGUAGCCCAGGGCAACCCUCGAAUGCUCGACCAACUACAGCACCGCACCCAAGCUACUUUAGCCAACAGCAACCCCGUGGUUCUCCCCAGCCAAUACAGGUGUCUUCAGCAGAGCCCGCCAGGACUUCGCAAGAGCCACCUGUGACUCCUCGGAAGAACAAACGGCAGGCAUGGUAUAACGGGCCGCUAAUGCAACAAGGCCCGGGUCAACCUCCUAGGGCAGUACAGCGGACGUCUCCUGAGGACUCAAGUAGCAGUGAGGGCGUUCCCACUCCCUCCAAUUCGUCCAUGGCCGAGUAUCACCCGGCUAUUCUUCACAGCAAUGGCUACGUCGAAGCGCAUCCUCCUGGAGUCCCUGUUGAGGAACAGAAGCCACAAGCAUCGAUCAUGGACAGGCCGCAUCCGAUUCACUCUCAAUAUCAGCAAUAUCAUAGCCACAGCCUGUCCCAACCUGCUUAUCGACCCCAACGAGAGCCUGAAAGGGGUCCGAUUACCUUUGGGCAACCGCUCCCGCAACCACCCGCGAACGAUAUGAGGCGACUGGAGGCGCUCGUAGCCGUGGCUACUGGCGAGCAACAAGCUGUUGGGAAUCGAUCAUGAAUUGAGGAAGGGUGAUCAAGAAGCGGGGCAUCGCGUCUAAGGAUCUCGUGUUGUCUUCGGCUGACACACAUACAUUUCUUUCUAGUCCACACGGUAGGACCAUCUCACAUCGUUUCGCUUCAACGUAUGGGCGCGAAUC